AAUGAAAAAGCAAAUACUAGAGUCAGGAUAAAAGGUCAUUACUAUUGAUGACACUAUUAACUCAAAAUAGCCAACACCUGUAUAACCAGUUGUUUAGCAAUUAUCUGCUUAUUAAUUAUUUAUGAAAGAUAAGAAGGAUGAGGGCAAGUAUUCACUUCAAGUUCUUAGUUAAAUGUGGAAGGAUUUACCUAAAGAUUAUAAAGAAUAGUAAUAUAUAUUAUAUAUUCAAGAGAUAUUAAGAAAGAGCCAGACAAUUGAAAGAGUAGGUUUAACAAAAUUAAUUAACAACUCCUUAAAGUAAGUCUCUUCUAUUUAUAAAUUGAAAGCAUUCUUCCCAUUAUCUAGAUUGAAAACAAUUCUAAAAGAGGAUGAAUAGAAACCAUAAUUCAAACCUGAAGCUUAUUAAUAUAUGUUGAAAGCUAUUGAAGAAUUUGGUGAACUUUUGUUAAAUAAAGUAAAGGAUCAAAUUAAACAAGAUUAAAGAAAAACAAUAAAAGAAGAUGAUUUAAGUAAUCAUAAUUAAUUAAUACUCUAGUAAAUUUAAUUAAAGAAAAUCAAGAAUUAUAAUUUCUAAGUUGUUUAGCCAUUCAUCAUUAAAAAAAGAAAACAAGUCAAACUCAAAAUUAGUAAGGUAAAUCAAAAACUUCAGGAGCCUUAGACAAAUUUCUAGAAAAUAAUAAUGGGAUAUGAA